AUGGCAACCCAGGACUCGCAGAGCAUUCUGUUCACCAACACACAGCCCCAACAGGGGUUCCGGUUGUUGGAGCUAACCCCAGAACUGGAGGAACUACUGUCUUCAAAGGAUGCGCCCACACUCGAACUCAAAUCACCCUCUGCCGCACUCGCCCGCGCCGUGGUCGAUCCUAGUGCUCUUGAAUAUGUCAACCUCUGCACGCCAACUCAAACCUACCGUAUUCGCCAAGUACAGUCUUCGAACUCGCUCCACAUCUUGCGGCCCAGCCUCGGGCAGAUAUCACAGGCAGACAUCAAAGUCGUCGAAGCAGAGGCCGGUGAGAGCGGCGCAUUGAAGCUUCCGGAUGAGGCCGUCACUGCAAUUGCGAAGUGCGGAUCAACACUGGAGUUACAUGUUCCGCCCACCGGGUUCUCUGCAGUCCCGUUCCUGGAGAAAAGCUUGAGAUUAUACGAUAGGCGGAGCGGCGACGACGAUGGGGAUAUCGCCAUGGACGAAGUUUCUAAUGAGACUGGUGGGAUGGACCCUAUUGAGACACGCAAAUUGAGAGAUCGGGUGUGCGCGGAUAUUCCUGUGUCAUCAGCGCAGUGUGAAUCCGGGUGGACUGAUCUCUGCGCGUUCGUUGAUGUGAAGCAAGGUGUAAGCUGGAGGCCUUCGGCACAGAUGCGGCUGAAAGUCUGGAAGCGCUUGAUGGAGGGUGCGAUCUUGCAGGGUAUCGAUCUGGAGAAGCAAUUUCUCGUUGCGGAUCUGUGGAGGUCCGUUCUUGACGAUGAUGAUGCUUCGGAACCGCCGUUCCCACGAGCGCUCCUCGAGGCUGUGGCAAGAAGGCUGUGUGUGGCAGAUGAGCGGCCGUUGUUGGCGCAUGAAAUCAAAUGGGCAAGUUUUGACAGGACCGAGUGCACGCAAUGGGUGAGCGAGAUAUAUCUCGCUGCUACAGCGCCUACGCCGUCAUCAGCCAUUGGGCGGAGUGACUUCCUCCGUGCAUGGAAAGAUUGCCUUCCAGAGUCCUGGCGCGGUGAUGCUGCACUAUCCAAGCUACAGGAAGGCUCAUACCAGAGCCCGGAUCCUACGACGAUAUGCUUCGUUGAGCCAUCGCAACGGCAGCAAGUCUUGAAGACUUCUGCUGCUGCACCAGCUGCAGCUGCAGCUGCUAAGGCCAAGACCACCAGAAACUGGCAUGAAUUGCUCAAAAAUCAAAAGCGCCGCUGA